AUGUUUGAGAUAAACGUUAAACAGAGUGGCAUAUGCGGACGCGAAUUAAAUAUUGUUUAUAGGAAAAAUAGAAGUGGAAAAAUUGUAAAGCGUGUUCAUGAACAUUAUCUCAGAAACGAUAUAAGUUGUAAUCUUGCGAUUUGUCAAAAAUGUCGUCCAUUUAAUACCAAAAUUAUCAGUGAUUUAAAGCACCGCAUCACAUCUACUUUUCCAGCAAAUCAUGCGGUCAUUGUUGAUUCGGCAACUGUUAUUCGAUUCCACCAUUUAUUUGAUAGCGAUCGCUUUAAAAAUGUGAUUCUUACACAAACUGUAUGGAAUGAUGUUAAAAAAUCGAAUCCACCUGCUUAUAAAACUAUAAAUUCACUGUGUUAUGAAAGAGCAAAUUGUGAAUUUGUAGUGUUUUUAGACGAUUUGCAUUACAUGACUCAUUUGAGCGGUUUCGCCCAUGAAAGUCGUGAGAAGAGACUAGACAAAUCUCUUUUGAAAGUCGCUAAGUUUUAUGAAGAACAUUGGGCAAAUUAUGAUAUUAUUCCAAUAAUUCUUUGUGCAACUGAUGAUAAAAAGGAUAAGUUGAAACUGCAUUUUACGAAUACAUUUACAUUAAAGGAAUAUGUUGAAGGUAUGGGUGAUAAUGCAGAUUUAUUGAAUAAAAUUGCUAUUUAUAACUCGGAGGCUGAGAAUCAUUCAAAGUUACUUUUUCCUGAGCACUAUUCUCAUGAAGUUAUUCAAGAUGGUAUCCAUUCUGGGAAAUUUAAAAAGGCAACUUUCCAGAUUUCCCGCGAGAAUUACUUAGAAGCAACAGCACGUCUUGAUGGUGAUGUUAUUUGGUUUAUUCAAGGUCGAAUUAAUUGCAAUCGAGCGAUUAAUGGGGAUACGGUAGCAGUUGAAUUGUUACCAGAAGAUCAAUGGACAUGUCCUGAAAAAUUAAUUCGAGCCAGUUAUUUUUUGUGUCGUUUUCUGAUCAUUUUCUCUUUGUUUUUAUUGUUUCUUAAGCUUCGAGAUUUGGAAGAAUUGGAAGCGAAAAAUGAAAUAGAAAAGGAUGAUGAGGAAAGGGAAGAAAAAAUUGAACCAGAUUUAAAGAAGGUUCGCAUUGAAGAUCGCAUACCUUCCGCAAAAGUCGUUGGUAUUAUUAAAAGAAACUGGAGACAGUAUUGCGGAAUGAUUUUAAAACCUUCUGUACCAGGCACACUUUAUUUUUAUCCUUACUUUGAUCUUUUUUAUUCAACAAAUGUUCUUUUUACUGCAGCUGAAAGAUUGAUACCUCGAAUACGUUUAGAAACUCGUCAAACUAAUCAGCUAUUAGGAAAACGUAUAAUUGCUGCUAUUGAUCGCUGGCCGCGUGAUUCUCGUUAUCCAGUGGGCCAUUAUGUUCGUACUAUUGGAGUGGCUGGUGAUCGUGAUAUUGAAAAUGAAGUUGUACUAUUAUUGGAGCAUGAUAUACCGCAUGAUCAGUUCUCAGAUUUUGUUCUUGCUUGCUUGCCUUCCAUACCUUGGAUUCCUCCAGUUCAAACUCAUAGAAAAGAUCUUCGAUCUUUAUUUAUUUGUUCAGUUGAUCCUCCUGGUUGCACAGAUAUUGAUGAUGCACUUCACUGCAGACAGUUAUCCUCUGAUCAGUUUGAGGUAGGUGUGCAUAUUGCUGACGUUACUCAUUUCGUUCGACCUGGUACCGCAAUUGAUGAAGAAGCAGCACAUCGAGGAACAACAGUUUAUUUGUGCGACAAGCGCAUUGAUAUGUUGCCCGAAUUGUUGUCAAGUGAUCUUUGUUCAUUGCGAGAAAAUGUUGAUCGAUUUGCUUUUUCUGUAAUUUGGACCUUGUCAUCAAAUGCUGAUAUUAUUAACGUUCAAUUCCAUAAAUCAAUUAUUCGCUCAAGAGGAGCUCUUACCUACGAAAUGGCUCAAAAUAUGAUCGACGAUCCUUAUAUGAAUGAUGAAAUAACGUUGAGUUUACGCGGUUUAAUAGCAUUAUCGAAGAAACUUAAAGCAAGGCGACAUGCUAGCGGUGCAUUAAAUCUAGCUUCUUCUGAAAUUCGAUUCGAUAUCGAUAAUGAAACAAAAAAUCCUAUAAGUGUUCAAGAAAAAAUGCAUCUUGAUACAAAUAGUAUGGUUGAAGAAUUCAUGUUGUUAGCCAAUAUUUCGGUUGCUGAAAAAAUUUGUGCAGAAUUUCCUGACUGUGCUUUACUUCGAAGGCACCCUACACCUAGUGUUGAAAGUUAUAAAUCGUUAGUUGAGAUGACCGAUUCACUCGGUUUUAAAAUAAAUAUAGAAAGUGGCAAAGCGUUAGCUGAAAGUCUUGACAGGGCCAUAGAUCCGAAUAACAGUAUCAUAAAUACGUUGAUCCGAAUGCUUACUACACGAUGCUUAACUCAAGCUGUUUAUUUUUCAUCAGGUAGUUUACCGACAGAGCAAUAUACUCAUUUUGGUCUCGCUGCUCCAAUAUAUACCCAUUUUACAUCACCAAUCCGUCGAUAUGCUGAUAUCAUGGUGCAUAGACUUUUAUCAGCAGCUAUAAAGGCUGAUAUAACUGUUCCAUCGAUGCUAAAAGGCGAUAUCGUUUCCAAGAUUGCAAAUAAUCUUAAUUAUAGGCAUAAGCAAGCACAGUAUGCUGGACGUGCAUCUUUGUUGCUCAAUACGCUUUUAUAUUUCAAAGACCGUGUUGAAAAUCAUGAAGCUUUUGUGAUGGGAAUCCGCAAGAAUGGAAUCCAGGUAUUUGUGCCGAAGUAUGGUUUGGAAUCGGUUAUCGUUUUUCCAUCAAAUUUGAAUUACUCUAUCAAUCAUACCUUUAUCGUCGCUGAAGGCAUUAAAUUAUUUCUGUUACAAAAGAUUCUAGUAAAAUUAUCUCUAGAUGAGACAGAUCUUCAACACAUCCGUAUAGAUAUGAAGCUAAUUUCACCGAAAAUUCCUGGAUUCAGCGUUGAUUAUAUGAUAUCAUUUCCUGAAGAUAGUUAG